CGUGGAGGCCGCUGGGAGAGUGGGUCUCCUUUGGCUUCCCCAAUUGUGUAGGGGCUGCCAUCGACCUGGUGUCGCCGCAGAACCUAGGUCGCCGAGUGAUGAUGUCGUGAAGUCGCCCGCCUGUCCCUGCCACGCCCGGGCGGUUGCUGGCUGUGGGAGCAGCGGCAGCAACUUCGGCUGCUGCUCUCAGGCUGCCGCUGCAUUAGGGGCUUCCUGAGGAACCGCUGGCGGAAGACAGAGGAUGCCGAGCCACUCAAGUCAUGACUCUCCAAAGUAUGAUAAUCACAUGAGAGUGCUCAUUGCUACAGAUGCCUUUUGACUCAUCAGAGAAAAUCUGUCUAAAAGAAAAUAUCCAUGUGACCAAAUCCAUUUCAUUAUUGAAUGGCUUGAUGGAUUUCCUUUACUCUGAUUCAUACCAAAGCUGUCCUUCUCAACCAAAGCAAGAAAGGAUCCUGCAUGAGUCAAUCCCAGAAUGCAAUUUUUACAUCACCAACAGGUGAAGAAAACCUCAUGAAUAGCAGUCACAGAGACUCGGAGAGCAUCACUGAUGUCUGCUCCAAUGAGGAUCUCCCUGAAGUUGAGCUGGUGAGUCUGCUAGAAGAACAACUACCACAGUAUAGGCUAAAAGUAGACACUCUCUUUCUAUAUGAAAAUCAAGACUGGACUCAGUCUCCACACCAGCGGCAACAUGCAUCUGAUGCCCUCUCUCCAGUCCUUGCUGAAGAGACUUUCCGCUAUAUGAUUCUAGGCACAGACAGGGUGGAGCAGAUGACCAAAACUUACAAUGACAUCGACAUGGUUACACAUCUCCUGGCAGAGAGGGAUCGUGAUCUGGAACUCGCUGCUCGAAUUGGACAAGCUCUCUUAAAGCGGAACCGUGUCUUAUCUGAGCAGAAUGAAUCCCUGGAGGAGCAAUUGGGACAAGCCUUUGAUCAAGUUAAUCAGCUGCAGCAUGAGCUAUCCAAGAAAGAUGAGUUACUUCGAAUUGUCUCCAUUGCUUCUGAAGAAAGUGAAACUGAUUCCAGCUGUUCUACACCUCUUCGGUUCAAUGAGUCCUUUAGCUUAUCUCAAGGGUUGCUGCAGUUGGAAAUGCUGCAAGAAAAGCUCAAGGAACUGGAAGAAGAGAAUAUGGCUCUUCGAUCCAAGGCUUGUCACAUAAAGACAGAAACUGUUACCUAUGAAGAAAAGGAACAACAACUUGUCAGUGACUGUGUUAAAGAACUUCGUGAAACAAAUGCUCAGAUGUCCAGAAUGACUGAAGAAUUGUCAGGGAAGAGUGAUGAGCUGAUUCGAUACCAAGAAGAGAUUUCCUCUCUUUUGUCACAGAUUGUAGACCUUCAGCAUAAACUUAAAGAACAUGUGAUUGAGAAGGAAGAACUAAAACUUCACCUGCAAGCUUCCAAAGAUGCCCAACGACAGCUGACAAUGGAGCUGCACGAGUUACAAGACAGGAAUAUGGAGUGUCUAGGAAUGUUACAUGAAUCCCAAGAAGAAAUAAAGGAACUUCGUAGUAGAUCUGGCCCUGCUGCUCAUCUCUACUUCUCCCAAUCAUAUGGAGCUUUUACUGGGGAAUCUUUGGCAGCUGAAAUUGAGGGGGCUAUGCGUAAAAAGCUGAGUUUGGAUGAGGAAUCUUCUCUCUUUAAACAAAAAGCCCAACAGAAGCGGGUGUUUGAUACCGUCAGGAUUGCCAAUGACACACGGGGCCGCUCUAUCUCGUUCCCAGCUCUGUUACCCAUUCCAGGCUCCAACCGUUCAAGUGUCAUCAUGACAGCAAAACCUUUUGAGUCUGGUCUUCAGCAAACAGAGGACAAAUCACUCCUGAACCAGGGGAGCAGCUCAGAGGAAGUUGCAGGGAGCUCCCAGAAGAUGGGCCAACCAGGACCCUCUGGAGACAGUGAUUUGGCUACAGCACUGCAUCGCCUUAACUUGCGUCGACAGAACUAUUUAAGUGAGAAGCAGUUCUUCGCUGAAGAAUGGCAGCGGAAGAUCCAGGUUCUGGCUGACCAGAAGGAAGGGGUUAGUGGCUGUGUCACCCCGACAGACAGCCUUGUCUCUCUCUACACCAACCAGUCAGAGAUCACAGACCUCAGCAGUGCCAGUUGCCUUCGAGGUUUUAUGCCAGAAAAAUUACAAAUUGUCAAGCCCCUUGAAGGAUCACAAACUCUGUAUCACUGGCAGCAGCUUGCUCAGCCAAACUUGGGAACCAUCCUUGAUCCACGACCAGGUGUCAUUACUAAAGGCUUUACCCAGUUGCCCAGGGAUACCAUUUAUCACAUCUCAGAUUUAGAAGAGGAUGAAGAGGAGGGUAUUACUUUUCAGGUUCAGCAACCUCUUCAAGUGGAAGAGAAACUGUCAACAUCCAAGCCAGUAACGGGGAUCUUCCUACCACCCAUUACUUCAGCAGGUGGACCAGUUACAGUUGCAACCGCCAAUCCAGGAAAGUGCCUGUCAUGCACAAACUCAACAUUCACUUUCACCACCUGUAGAAUAUUACAUCCCUCUGACAUCACUCAGGUUACCCCCAGCUCUGGGUUCCCUUCAUUAUCCUGUGGAAGUAGUGGUAGCAGUUCAUCCAACACGGCUGUGAAUUCUCCUGCCUUGUCCUAUAGACUCAGCAUUGGUGAGUCCAUCACCAACCGACGAGAUUCCACUACAACCUUCAGUAGUACCAUGAGCUUGGCCAAACUUCUACAAGAACGAGGCAUCUCUGCCAAAGUGUACCACAGCCCAAUUUCAGAGAACCCCCUCCAGCCUCUCCCUAAAUCCCUGGCUAUCCCUUCCACACCACCAAAUUCACCAUCUCACUCACCUUGCCCUUCUCCUUUGCCCUUUGAGCCUCGAGUGCAUCUCUCUGAAAAUUUUUUGGCCUCUCGACCAGCUGAGACAUUCCUCCAGGAGAUGUAUGGCUUGAGACCCUCCCGGAACCCUCCUGAUGUUGGCCAGUUGAAGAUGAACUUAGUGGACAGGCUGAAGAGACUGGGGAUAGCCAGAGUGGUCAAGAACCCUGGUGCCCAAGAGAAUGGAAGAUGCCAGGAGGCAGAAAUUGGUCUUCAAAAACCAGAUUCUGCUGUUUAUUUAAAUUCAGGUAGCAGUUUAUUAGGUGGACUAAGGAGGAAUCAGAGUCUUCCAGUCAUAAUGGGUAGCUUUGCUGCCCCAGUUUGCACAUCCUCACCCAAAAUGGGUGUCCUGAAGGAGGACUGAGGUUCAGCAGUUAACUGACCUCUUAUACAAAUUAGCACAUGAGGGAUAGAUAUGCACUGAAACAUGUAGUCUGGUCUGACUUGAGAGAAAAGGAAUGUUGCACAAGGGUUGUGAAUGUGAAAGGGGGAAUGGAGGAAUGGAAAUAAAAUUGGGAUGAGCCCUAAUGGAGGAAGUCGGGCAAAUUGAAAGUAUAAAUGAAUGGGCCAUGAGUGUUCAGAGGCAGGAAAGAAAGGUUUAAUAUACUCCUUCAGUUGAGUUUUCUUGUCUUGAAAAUAAAAAGUGAAUAAAAAUAAAUUCAGUAAUACUAAAACAUACAGAGA